CAAGAAGAAUAUCGUUCGAGAGAGGAAGAGAAUUCUUAGAGGAAGAACUAUUCGGUGGUCGAUCGACGGGUGAUUUUAGAAUCGUUUCCAAAUUUUUGGAAAUUAUCGGUGCGCGGUGUCUCUACCCUUUCUUGAAUCGCUCCUCCGAGUGCGACGUACGACGAAGCAAUAAUCAACGCGUGUCUUCUUCUUCUUCUUCCUCUUCGUCUUCGAGUGUGCUACGAACGGGAAACAGGCGAACCGAUCGCUGCGAUAAGCCGAAUCGAAAAGUGGGGAAAGCAGUGUGUGUGAAGUGUUCGAGGUUACUUGCUUAUACUGUGGGAAAAUACAGCCGCUACGGUGGCUCAGCACGCAGAGUUCCCCGGCGCGGCCAGGGCGUUCAUGGCGCAGCCAAGGUAUGACGAUGGCGGGCUGCACGGGAGUUACCUCGAGGGCGGAGGUGGCGGUGGUGGCGCAGGGCUGUACGAUCCGCACGGGAGCGCCCGGGGUGUACCGGGCCUCCAUCACAGUCCACACGACGCGAUCUAUGGACACCCCCUGUUCCCGCUUCUCGCGCUGAUUUUCGAAAAGUGCGAGCUGGCGACGUGUACGCCGCGCGAACCAGGCGUCGCGGGCGGUGACGUGUGCUCGUCAGAAAGCUUCAACGAGGACAUCGCUGUCUUCUCCAAACAGAUCAGACAAGAGAAACCCUACUACAUCGCGGAUCCGGAGGUGGACUCGCUGAUGGUCCAGGCGAUCCAGGUCCUCCGGUUUCACCUCCUCGAGCUCGAAAAGGUUCACGAACUGUGCGACAACUUCUGCCACCGGUACAUCAGCUGCUUAAAGGGCAAGAUGCCGAUCGACCUAGUAAUCGACGACAGGGAGAGCUCGAAACCGCCAGAGAUUGGCAACGGUCUAGACGGUGGCGGUCCAAGGAGCACAGCGGACAGCACCAGCCACACGGACGGAGCCAGCACGCCGGACGUCAGGCCACCCUCUUCGUCGCUCUCGUACCCUGGUGCGGGUGGUAACGACGAUGCACGCAGCCCUGGAAGCGGGGGCACGCCAGGACCCCUAAGCCAACAGGCGCCCGCCAGCCUGGACUCCUCGGAUCCUGACGUCACGGGUAAAUGGUGUCCGCGUAGGGAAUGGAGUUCGCCGCCGGACGCGCAGCGAGCGGCGAGCGACGCGCGUCGUGGCGUUCUUUACUCUUCCGUCUUCCUCGGUAGUCCCGGUGACGCGAGUAACGCGAGUAUCGGCAGCGGCGAGGGCACCGGUGAGGAAGACGACGAUUCGUCGGGAAAGAAGAACCAGAAGAAGAGGGGCAUCUUUCCUAAGGUCGCGACCAACAUCCUCAGGGCGUGGCUGUUUCAACACCUCACGCAUCCCUACCCUUCGGAAGACCAGAAGAAGCAACUGGCUCAGGACACGGGGUUGACGAUCCUUCAAGUUAACAACUGGUUCAUCAACGCGAGGCGUAGAAUCGUCCAGCCCAUGAUCGACCAGAGCAAUCGAGCCGUGUUUCCGCCAUUGUCUGCAGGUCCAAGCGGGGCGUACAGUCCGGACGCGACGAUGGGCUACAUGAUGGACGGACAGGCGGCGAGCAUGAUGCACCGGCCGCCCGGUGAUCCCGCCUUCCACAAUCAGUACCAUUACCCGCCAGAGUACUAUGGACAUCACUUAUAAAGUAGUCGCAAGUCAAGGUAGACGGUGGAAUGACGGUUCUUGCGGAACGGGAAACGUAUCAGCGUGACGGAAGCAGCGUGCUCCGGUUGGCGUAGAGCAAGGUGCACGGGGGCAACGAGGAGCGAUUCGUCGCCUCCGGGGCGUGAUCGACGCGGAAGCGGAAAGAGAUUUCUCGCCGGGCGUCGUACGUCGAGGCUCGUAAUGCCGGUUGCUCGAGCCAGGAGCACACGGUUGUGCGGACGGUCUCUGCGGAAUAGCGGCCGUCGGUCCGGUUUUUUGGCUCGUAAGGAAGGGGUUGUGUCGAACGGGACGACGGAGAAGAAGAAGAAAACGACGACGACGACGACGACGACGCGUUUUAGUCGAAGGUAGGACGAUGUGAGGAAGCGAUUGGCGGGUGUUAAACGUCGACGGUGGACCGACAGAGGCGUGGAACGCGUGAAACCGGAUGCAAGAAGAAGAAAAACCACGGGGGUAACGGAAGAGGAAGGAAGGAUGAUUCGGGGGUGAAGAAUAAAAGAAAAAGAGUGCGGCUUGGCGGAACACGAGGGACGGAGAGAGAGAGAGAGAUAGAGAGAGAGAUAGAGAGAGAGAGAGAGAGAGCCGCGAGAGGGAAAUUCAUGUGAUUGUUCUGUGUACAAAUGUCGCGGUGUAAUAUUGUAGUGAUCGAAGAAUUUAAAUGUUAAAUUUUAAUACGGUCGCGAUCGAGCUAUUAUUAAUUAACUAUUAUAUAGGAAGAGAGGAAACGUGGAUAAGGGGGAGAUCAAACCGACGAGGGCGCGUUUACCUCGGCAAACACAGAGUGAUAUAGGCAAUUUCUAGCGGGCAUGUGUACAUUAAAAAGAAACAAACAAAAAAAAAAAGCAAAGAAAAAUCGCGAGAGGAGGAAGAGGGAGAAUCGAGAGAUAAGAAAACUAAGAAAGUGGAAGAAACGAGGGUGGGAGGUGUGUGAGAGAGAGAGAGAGAGUGAGAGAGUGGGUCAACCCGGUGCUCGCACGGAUCCGUUUAUAUAUUAGAUAGACGUCUCUCCUUGUGCACGAGCGGGCGACGAGACGUGAAAGAGAGAGAGAGUUAUUCUACGGAAGGUGUGCGAAAGGUACACCGGUGAAUUUAAAAAAAAUUGAUGAUCGAGCAAAAGUAUGUAUGUAUAUAUAUAUACACACACGCGCACGCAGAGACGCAUCCAUGUGUAUAGAUAUAUACGGGUAUAUAAAUAAAUAUAAAUAGAUGAAAAAAGGAAUUUUUAGUUCGCGCAUUGGGUGGCGUUGAAGAAAACCGACGUGAGAGAGAGAGAGAGAGAUAGCAGGUGAGCGCGGCGAAUGGGGGGUGAUGUGAUCGAAACGAUCGGUUUUUAACGCGCGUACAAAAGAAGGGAGAAAUAGCUCUGGAUACGCGAUAAUAGAGAAAGGAAACGGAGAAAAGGGUGCGAGGUUUUUAGAAAAUGAGAGAACGCAGUAGACGAAGAGAGUGAAACUACGGCGACGACGACGCGUUAGACGGGACAAAUUGUAAGGAGACUAAACGGGGGAAAAAGCGAGAACAGGUGAGAAAAGGUGCGAGAAGGGUGGCGAAGUAGAGGGUGAACGAACUUUUUAGAACAGAAGAAUGAAAUCGACGCGUGUGCCGGACUCGAGCGUCGACCACAUUCACUUGCAUAUAUAUAUAGGUGACAUUGAAAUUUGUACAGUUAUUAAUUAUAAAUGAAUUUACUAAU